GCACACGCUUCUUCCAAUGGAAUACACGUUCCGUGAUUGAAGAUCUCCUCUCAGUGAUAUACUAACCCCGUGUUGAAAUAAAAAUAAAAAAGAUCCAAGUUACGCGAGAUUCCGAGCGAGGCCAACACUCCGGUUUCGGCCUUUGCUCGUAAUUUGUCAUUGAGAAAAGUGAACAAACUACAAUAUUGGUUUCCGCUUUCCUAUCGCCCCUGUUAUUUUCGUUCCUGCUAACUCUGCGAAAAAUAUUCGCAGAGCUCAUCGAGCGCCAAGCUUGCUUGGUCAGUGUGUUUAGGAAUGGGUUCGAAAUCGAGCGGGGAGUGGUUGUUAUAACGCUACUGCGAGCUUGUGUAUGUGUGAGAACACAAAAUCUCACCCUCUUUUCACCAAAACGACGGCAGCUUUUGUAAAGUGUUUACCAUAAAUUAAUGGAUGUGCAUUAUUGAGGCUGUAUCUUCGAUGCCAAAAGUAAAGUGACCCUUCGUGCAUUGAAUUAUAUUUGACAGAAGAUUUAAAGAAAAAGUGAUUCUCAAAAGAUACACUCAUAUUAUCGGAGUCGUGCGCGCAUGUACACGCGUGUAGAGGGAUCGAGACAGCACAGUGUGUGUAUGUGUACGCGGGCUCGAAACAUGUGUCGGUGGGAUGAAUUACUCCAAUUUUCUCAACAGCUAAUGGAGUGAAAAAAUAUAUAUACAUACAAAAAUUAGUGCUGUGCCAAUGUGAUAUGUUCAUGCUUUCGACGUAUUUCAUUAUUCUGACUUUCAUCACCUUCGGGUUGUUAGGCACAAUAAGUGGCCACGAUGUCAAAGGCUCAGCAUUCUGCGAGUUCUACAACGAGACUAUGUGCGCGGAGUCGCAGCAAGGGUGUUCGGAAAGAGAGGAAUGCAUUCCUCACGAUCCGGAUAAAAGAAACCAUUGCUACGUUCUUUGGCAGUUCGAUAGUGCCACCAAAAAAUCCACCAUAAAGCUCAAGGGCUGUUUUUUAGAUAGCAAAGAAUGUUACGACAAGCCUCACUGCGUUGAAAAGAAUGCUGAUAGAAAAAAAAAAUUAUUCUUCUGUUGCUGCGAUGGCAAUAUGUGCAACCAGAAUUUCACAUGGGAUCCGCAACCCACGGAACGACCGCACACAGAACAACCGAAAGCUGUGCCAAAAGAUGACCAACAACUCUUCACGCUCAUGUUGUCCAUUUCAGUUCCAAUGCUGAUGCUCACUAUUGUUCUGUCGUCAGUUUACUGGUGCUUCAAACGCCGCAAGUUAGGAUACUUCAACGAACAAGUUCCCACACUAGAACCAUUGCCAUUGCCUCAGCCGUCACCAAAUCUUGGACUGAGACCUAUCCAACUGAUCGAGAUAAAAGCUCGUGGCCGUUUCGGUGCGGUCUGGAAAGCGCAAUACAGAAACGACAUUGUUGCAGUCAAAGUGUUUCCAGUGCAGGACAAACAAUCGUGGCAGACGGAGCAAGAAAUAUUCAAGCUGGCUCAUAUGGAUCAUCAGAAUAUUUUGAAUUUCAUCGGCGUAGAAAAACGAGGCGAUAAUCUUCAAACUGAAUUUUGGCUGAUCACAGCUUAUCAUGAGAAAGGUUCACUGUGCGAUUAUCUCAAAGCAAACGUUGUUUCGUGGCCGGAAAUGUGCAAAAUAGCUGAAUCAAUGGCUCAUGGCUUGAUGCAUUUGCACGAAGAAAUUCCUCCGAACAAAGUUGAAGGUUACAAGCCAGCAGUUGCACACAGAGAUUUCAAAUCGAAAAAUGUUCUCUUGAAAUCCAAUAUGAAUGCUUGCAUAGCAGAUUUUGGACUCGCUCUCAUUUUUCAUCCUGGAAAACCGUGUGGUGAUACUCACGGUCAGGUUGGAACCCGGAGGUACAUGGCACCUGAAGUCUUGGAAGGUGCGAUAAAUUUCACGCGAGAUUCGUUUCUUCGCAUUGACAUGUACGCAUGUGGUCUCGUUCUUUGGGAGUUGGCUUCUCGAUGUACCGCCCAAGAUGGACCAGUCGGAGAAUACAGACUGCCUUUCGAGGAAGAGGUCGGUCUUCAUCCUACCUUGGAAGAUAUGCAGGAGAGCGUAGUACACAAGAAGGAAAGACCACUGAUACCAGAGACGUGGCGGAAGCAUCCCGGUCUUUUUUCUCUCUGUGACACGAUGGAGGAAUGUUGGGAUCACGACGCCGAGGCACGCCUAUCGGCCUCCUGUGUUAUGGAACGUGUUGCUACGUUGAACAGAACUCUCGUGAUAAAUGCAUCGACGUUGAUACGCGUUGAUAAUACAAACGAGUCUAUGACUACGAAAGAGUCUAGUAUGUAGGUAGCCUAUGUAUGUAUUAUAGUUUUAGUUUCACUGCACAACCAACCAGUUUUAUUGUACCAUACUUUUUAUUUUUACGUUUUCAUGAAAACAACAUAAAAUCAUACAUGAACAUAAAAAGACAUGGGGACGACGGAAAACGUCUAAAUCAUACGCGUUUGUGUGUCAACGAAGAACUAUUUUUCUUGCCUUUUAUUAAACUAUUCGAAAUUUCGUUCCUGCCAUUUGUAAUUCAAUAUCUUGGGAAAUUCGACAUUUCUAUCGACUUGAAUCGUAUUCCGAGUAAUUACAUUUUUAACCCACUACUUUUUCUCGGUAUCGAUAAGUUUGAAUUGAAAUUGAAAAUAUUUUUCAACCGACUGAUGCGGAUAGUUCAUGAUCAUUCUCGAGUAUUCGCAGCCGUUAUUCAGCAUCAACAAUCGACCAUUGUAAAUAAACAUACAAGAUCGUGUUUCAUUUUGAAAAGCCUUGUUUCACGGCUGUUACACGAAUUUUGCUUGUUUUUCUAUUCCUCGACGUUUUCCGUCUUCGCUAUAAAUUUUUCACUGCUCACAAGAAAGAAAUAAUUAAUAACGAAUUGGUUGAAGCAUUAUUUGAAGAAACGAAGAUACUCGUUUUUAGGGAAAUUCGAAGCGAUUUACUGCUUGAACCACAAUGAUAUUCAAAAGAACGAUCUUCAACAGAAAUUGACGAAAAAUCUGGCAUUCGAGCAGAAAAAUAGUUGGAUUUUUUUCUGUCCGAUGCAAAUUUCGGUAAUAAUGAUUCGAUACACUUUUGGUUAAUAUUCCAAUAAGAUGUAACGACACUUUAAUAAGUUAAAGUACCACCAGAUCUCGAAUGCAAUUGAAUUUUGUGUUUUGUAAGAAAGUAAGUGUUAAUUUAAACAGAGAAUAUUGUGACCACGCUAAAGCGCAAAAGUACAUGAAAAGAGAAGAAAAAGAAUCGUCUAUCGCUACGAGAAUGUUGUAACGACCCUAUUACGAUGUACCUGGUAGUACCGAUCGAGCUUUCUACGAUUGGAAAAGCCACGAGGAAUUUUAGUAGACAGAAUAAAAUGAAUAUACUUGCGCUAAAAGUAAAUUAACUUCAGUCAUUCAAUUCGAUUAUCAUCGUAUUUCGUAAUAAUGUCGUUGUAGGCGUUUCAUCGAUUAACAUAUUUCCACGCAAAAUUUUCGUCCCUCAUAUUUCUCUCAUCCGAGACGAUUCGUUUUUCUACGACAGAUUUUUGGAGCUCCCAUUAAUCUUUCUUUUCUGACGAAGACCUCGAUACGUAAUUUAUUGUACAGUUAAACGAACGUAAAACUCAAAUACAGUUGUUACAACUUUACACAGAAAGGGGAGAAAAAGGAAUGACAGAAAAAAUGGUAUCGUGUCCGCCCGGUAUCGCGCUUAUCAUCGUUCGUUUUACUUUUAACUCAAUUUCAUUAUAUUGAAUCUGACGAGAAAAUUGUUACAGCCGUUUGUUAUUUUUCCUUUGCAAAUAGCUUUUCUAACUGAUACUGGGCUUUGACAGUGCCAAAUAGCCGUAUGAUAAUCAUACAUUGCAUGCGACACACGCUUUUCAUUAACACGAUUGUAUAUUUAUUAAUACGUAAGAUUAAAGAGUUUGAAGUAAAAAACGAUCUGGAAUUUGGUAAGAAAAUAAGAAGAAAGAAAAUGAGUGAAGAUUAGAGAAAUCUUGGUGGUGGAUUUCGGCUUUUCGACAUUGUCGAAAUUGUGAAAUUCGCAUGAUUUUUUCGUGCUGACAUAUCGAGUGAUGAGUCGAAAAAACAGCUUUGAAAAUUCGGCGGAAUAUUGAUAAAUUUUCAUUCGUGAUUAUUAAUCCAACAAUCAUAACAAUCGAUCUGCCUUCUCGUGCCCCUAAACACCAGGUGCGGAGAAUUUUCGAAAUUGUUUUUUCCUUCAACGUGGAAUGUAUGAUAUUUAAAGUUUAAAAACAAAAUGAAAAAGGGUAAUUAGCAUUUUUAUGGAAAGGUUCAUUGUGAUUAUGUAUACCAAAUUGUUAACGAAGGUUUUGACGAAUAAACUUCUUUUUUUUACGUCUUUUGAACAAA